UACUGCAAUUGACACUCGACAAGGACCCUCGAAAAUCUCUUUACAAAAACACCCACCAACAACACACAAAGAUCACUUCAUCUUCUUCUUCUUCUCCUCACUGUUCUAAGAAAAUGGUGUAUUCUUACACACCCACUUACUAUUCUUCUCUUCAUGAUUCAAUCACCUCUCUCUGCAAGUCCAUUCUUCCCUUCAGCUUCAAGAAACGAUGCUUGCCGGCGGCGGACCAGAAGCUGGCGAAGCUCCAGUCUGAUAACCUCAAAUGGCAGCAAGAUUCCUUCCACCAGAUGCUCAAAUUAAUGGGUCUUCACAAUGAAGGUAUUCUAGCUGAAAAUGAAGUUUCUGAUUUCAGAACCCAUUUGCUCGAUACUCUGAUCGCUUCACCGCCAGAACAAGAACACCAAGUUAUAUUGAGAGAUAAGCUGUUGUUCUUGCAGGAGCUUCUUUAUGCGAAAUGCAUAACAACAGAUGAGUAUCACUCUUCGAAGAGGCCUCUGCUUCAGAGAUUAGCAGUUCAAGGGGCUGAAAUUGAGGCCAGGGAUGUGAUUGUAGCUGACCCAAAAGAGAAUUCGAAGGAGAUUUUAGAAGAAGAAUGGUCGAUUAUUGACUUGAGAGAUGAAAACUCUUCACUAAAAUCGAACUCAAAUUCGAAGAACAGAUCAAAGGUUAUGUUGGGUAUGAAACAGAUCAGAGGAGCUGCGUCGGUUUUUAGUUUCGCGUCAUCACAAAAAACAGAGAGGAACAGAAAAGAGAAAAGUAUUUUUGAAUCUGAAAAUCUGUGUAAUAUCAGUGAUACCCAUUCGAUUCUGAUGUCGGAAAGUUCAUCAAACAAGGAGAUGAGUGGAGAAAAGGCAAAACGACGACCCUUUAAAGCUCUGUUUCAGGGCGGCAAUGGCGGCGGUGGAAAUUAUGGUCCAGAUUAUGAAGAACGGAUGAACAAAUCUGGAAAAAAACAAUGGGGUUUCAAUGGGCUGAAGAAAUGGAAACGAGACCAAACAGAGGAUGAGACAGCUCCAUUGCCACUCCAUGAAAGAUCCGACAGUGAAGCAUUUUGGGGUUCUUCAAAUUUAGCUCAGCUCGCAACGAGUCCAAUUGGGGAAGGGCCCAACACUAAAAUGAUGAAGAUGAAGUUGAAUUCAAAUGGGUCUCCAUCGGAUUUCUUCAUCGACAAGGUUUUAAGCGAGAACAUAAAGAAAGAGCUUUCACGAAUUCAAACAGAGCUGAACGACACAAAUCCAAACCUUAAAUUCUCGGAUGAUCAAAUUGAGGCCAUUUCCACCAGGCUUCCGAUCGACAAAGCCGACCUCAAGAACUUCUUCCCAAAAUCAUGGUGCGAUCGUUAUGGGGAUGUAGUAAUUGAUGUUGUGAAGAAAGAGUUCAAGGACCAUGUGGGAGAGAUGGAGAAUAUGAGAAAUGCAGCGAGCGAGAAACGACGUAAUAGCAGCAAUUCGAUGAGAUGGACGACGUUUGAAGACGACGAGAACUGCCAUCCAAAUCUCUUCAACAACGUAAACGAUCCGAUGAGAUCCGAUCCUGCCUAUGAGAAUCCAUUUUGGAGACCAAGCACUGGUCUUUCAAUGCUCAAGUAGUUGUUGUUCUAAGCAGAGACAGCUGACAUUGCUGUCUCCCUGUCUCGGUUAUCUGUUAUCGACACAGUUCCUUCGUUUGGUGUCAUUCCUGCCCUAUUGUACAAGUGUUUGAAUCAUUCAAACCAAACUGCUUGUUCUAGAUAUAUAUAUUCAUUCAAAUUCUUCUGAAA